GGAGCGGAGGCCCGGGCUUCUUUUGGCUGUGGCCGUUAGCAGCGUCCGCGCGCGUCGCCCCGCCCCGCCCCGCCGCGCGGGUGAGCCGGCCCCAGGCUGCCCCCUGGAGUUCGUUGGCCUUUUUUGCCCACCAGGUUGGGUUCAAGGGGCUGAAGUUUUGGUCAAUAUCUUGGAUUUUUUUUACUCUAGAUUUGGCAUUUUACGCUGAGGUCGUCAUGAACUUUUUUCGACUCCUGAUGAAAAAGAAGGAACUUAUUCCUUUGGUGAUGAUCAUGACGGCGGCCGCGAGCGGAGCGACGUCUUUUGCUGCAUAUUCCCUUAAGAAGUCCGAUGUGAUCAUUGAUCGAAAAAAUAAUCCAGAACCUUGGGAAACUGUGGAUCCUAAUGUACCUCAAAAGCUUAUAACAAUCAACCAACAAUGGAAGUCCAUUGAAGAGCUGCAGAAGGUCCGAAGGGCAACCAAAUGACCAGUCCUUCUUCUGAGGAGUGCUCGCUGAAUCUAGUACUUCCUGUACAAACUACCGGGAGAUGAUGGACACCAGUAUGUGGAAAUGCUACCUUUUUAGGGCUUGCCUACAUUUUUGGACUCUGGAUAAAGAAUUAUAAAGGUAGUGCAGCGAUAACCACAUAAUCUAAAAAUAAGUUUGUUGUUGUACAUUGGAAUUUUGUAUAUUGAAAUUUUUAUGUUUAUGAUGCCUGGAUGUUUUUCUUAAAGUGUGUGAAGAUUUAUAAAUUAGAUUAUCUAUAAUAAAAUGCCAUUUGUGCACGA